CUAGUAGUAUAGGCAGUUGCAGUCGAAACGUCGCAAUUUCAGUUUGCCGCAUCGUGCGUGAGACAACAGAUUAAUUCUUUACUCAAAAUUGUACAAGUUAACAAUUUGAAGAUUAUUUCUCCAAAACUCAAAUCAUGGCGCGGUUUUCAUGCUCAAUGUCUUCUGUAUUUAUAGUGCUGGCUGUAGGAAGUAUCUUAGCCACGUCCGCAUCUCCUACAACAACUCCUACAGCAACCGCUGCUCAUACAACAACCGCUGCUCCUACAACAACUGCAGCUCGUACAACAACCACUGCUCCUACAACAACCGCUGCUCCUACAACCGCUGCUCCUACAACAACCGCUGCUCAUACAACAACAGCUGCUCAUACAACAACAGCUGCUCAUACAACAACUGCAGCUCCGACAACUACAUCUAAUAUGACAACUCCAAGCAACAUGACAACAAUGAACAUGACUACCACUCCCAGCAACAUGACGACCAUCAACAUGACAACCACUCCUAGCAACAUGACGACCAUCAACAUGACAACCACUCCUAGCAACAUGACGACCAUCAACAUGACAACCACUCCUAGCAACGUUUCCACUACAGAACAACCAUUGACAACGUCUACACCUGAAUCUCGAUGGAAAGUAACAGAUAAAAGCGGUAAACUCUGUAUGCUGAUGGACUUCGAUGGAACAAUUAUUUAUGAAAAUGACAAAAAAUAUGUGAUACCUUCCACUGCGUCCAUCGCCAAGUCUUCAUGCUUGUCACCUGGGUAUUCCAGGUUUGUCCUUGAGUUUUCGUCAGACGACACCUUCUUUUGGCAGUUGAUCUUAAACUUCACGACAUCCAAGGACUCUUACCAGCUGAGAAAGAUGACAGUCAAUUUGUAUGUGUCUUCGUGUAAGUACCAAUCAGUAGCAUUCAUGGGGGGGGCGCAACAUGGCGGAUGGGGCAAAAUUCCUUGA